CGGGAUAAGCAAAGCAAAGCAAAGCAGGUUCCGAUGCAGCCGCCCACGUCUGCGUCCCUCCCCCAAUGGAACGCACUCCUCGCCGACCACUCCCGCGCCGGCCGACACGCCCACGCCCUCGCCCUCCUCCCGCCCCUCCUCGCCGCCUCCCACGCUCUCACCCCUGACGUCUUUACGCUGCCUCCCGCAGUCAAGUGCUGCGGCGCACUCCGCGACGCCGCCGCCGGCCGUCAGCUCCACGCGCUCGCCGCCAAGCUCGGCCUGCAGGACGACCCCUUCGUCGCCAACUCCCUCGUCACCAUGUACGGCCGGUGCGGCCGCGUCGAGGACGCCCAUAGAGUAUUCGACGGAAUGCCGAGCAGGAACCACGUUUCCUGGAAUGCGCUGAUGGCGGCCGUCUCGGACGCCGGGCUGCCGUGGCGAGGCGUCGAGCUGUUCCAGGAGGCUUUGCUGGCGGGGCUGAUGCCUGACGAAGCGACGCUGGUGACGGUGCUCCCGAUGUGCGUUGCGCUCGGCUGGCUGGAGACGGGCAGGGCGGUGCACGGCCUUGCGGUGAAGUCCGGAUGGGACGGGGAGCCGCGGGUCAGCAACGUGCUGGUCGAUAUGUACGCCAAGUGCGGCAAGGUCCACGACGCUGAGCGCGCCUUCUUGGAGGCUCCCGAGAGGAACGUCGUGUCCUGGAACGUCAUGCUCCGCGGGUACGCCAGGAGCGGCGAGCCCGACGCGGCGUUCCGACUCUUGCAGGAGAUGCAGGUGGAACAUGGUGUCCCGGCAGAUGAGGUCACGAUGCUGAGUCUCCUGCCGGUUUGCUCAGGGCCAUCGGAGCUUGUUAAGCUGAGGGAGUUGCAUUGCCAUGUCAUCCGGAGAGGUCUGCAUUUGACUGGUGACAUGGUACCAAAUGCGUUGAUCGCAGCCUACGGGAGAUGUGGGUGCUUGCUACAUGCUCAACGUGUCUUUGCUGGCACCCAGAGUAAGACGGUCAGUUCAUGGAAUGCGCUCAUUGGAGCGCACGCGCAGAAUGGUGAAGCAAGCAUGGCAGUUGAACUCUUCCUUGAGAUGUGUGCUUCUGGGCUGAAUCCUGACGGGUUCAGCAUCGGGAGCUUACUCCUAGCAUGUGCCAAUCUGAGGAACCUGCUCCAUGGAAAAGCGGUUCAUGGAUUCAUCCUGAGGAAUGGACUGGAGAGGGAUUCCUUCCUUGCGAUCUCGCUUCUCUCAGUUUACAUCCAAUGCGGGAGGGAGUCCUCUGCUAGACUACUGUUUGAUGCAAUGGAGGAAAAAGACGAGGUUUCCUGGAAUACUAUGAUUGCUGGAUACUCACAGAAUGGGUUACUUGCUGAAUCUCUGCAGCUCUUCCGAGAUAUGCAGUCAAAUGGAUGCCAUCGGCCUUCAUUGAUCUCAGCAACUGGUGCCUUGAUGGCCUGCUCACAGCUAUCGGCUGUUCGAUUAGGGAAGGAGAUGCACUGCUUUGCGCUGAAAGCCGACUACUGCAACGAUUCAUUUCUAUCCAGCUCAAUAAUAGAUAUGUAUGCAAAAUGCGGGUUUGUAGAUGAUGCCAGGGCGUUCUUUGAUCAGCUGGAGACAAAACAUGUGGUUUCAUGGACAGUAAUGAUCACAGGUUAUGCUGUGAAUGGGCUCGGUAAAGAAGCUGUGGACCUUUACAACGAGAUGCGAAGAGAGGGGAUGGAACCUGAUGAAUUAACCUACCUUGGCUUACUGAUGGCAUGCAGCCAUGCUGGAAUGUUGGAAGAGGGCUUCAAGUACUUGAAAGAGAUGAGGGAGCAUUCCCAUUCCAGAAACAGAUUGGAGGCAAAGCUAGAACACUAUGCUUGCGUUAUCGGCAUGCUCAGCCGAGCGGGACGCUUCGCCGAUGCGAUUGCGCUCAUGGAAGAGAUGCCGGAGGAGCCUGACGCCAAAAUACUGAGCUCCGUGCUAUCUGCCUGCCACAUGCAUGGAGAGGUAGAGCUAGGGAAGGAGGUUGCUGAGAAAUUGCUAGAGCUGGAACCUGACAAGGCGGAGCACUAUGUUCUUGCUUCCAACAUGUACGCCGGAACCGGGCAGUGGGACGAAAUGAGAAGGGUAAGGAAGAGGCUCAGGGACGCUGGGAUGUCAAAGGACCCAGGUUGCAGCUGGAUCGAUGUGGCAGGCAAGGUGUACAGCUUUGUGGCAGGUGACAGUAUGACGAGCGAGGUGAGGAGGACGUGGUAUGAUUUGGAGGAGAGGAUACGCAGAAUCGGGUACGUCCCUGACACCAGCGUGGUGCUGCACGAGCUGGAGGAGGAAGAGAAGGUGGAGAUACUGCGGCGGCACAGCGAGAAGCAGGCCAUCGCCUUCGGGCUGCUGAGGACAGCCGCGCCGGCCAAGGUGAGGGUGUUGAAGAACCUGAGGAUGUGCAGGGACUGCCACAGCGCCGCCAAGCUCAUCUCCAAGGUGGCAGGGAGGGAGAUCGUGGUCCGGGACAAGACAAGGUUUCACCAUUUCAGAGACGGCCUCUGCUCCUGCGCGGAUUACUGGUGAACCAAGUUUGGGCUUCAGUUUUCAACUCACGAUUAAAUAUCGCUAUCAAGCCCUUUUUCCCCAUAUGCAUAGUAAACAAUUAAUUAACAUGGUGCUAUUACAGAGCCAUACAUUCCAGAUUAGCAUAUGCAAAAUUGUUUUGUUUCACCCUACACAUUUACAUUGUUAGCUUCCACUACAAAUCUAAGAAUCUGAAAAAGUUGUCUGCCUGUUCA